AUGGCGGCCGAAGUGCUUCCCCUGGCGCAGGUGAAGCUGCCGUCGGGGCCCAGUUCUGUCACGCCCGAGCAGCGGUACUGGAGGUCGUUCAAGAACCAGAAAUCCCACACCUCGACGGCAUCAUGGCCGAUAUCACACAUUAGUUUCCCCGCCGCUGCGGCCGGUGGGACGCUUUCCAACUCGCUCGUCGCUGCCACGAAGAUCAACGACCUCUUUGCCGUUACGUCCGGGCCCCGUGUCGACAUUUUCUCCAUCCGCAAGCGCGAGCCCCUCAAGACCAUCGGCCGUUUCGACAGCGAAGCCCAUUGCGGCGAGAUCCGCGCCGAUGGCCGCGUACUGGUGGCCGGCGAGGACUCGGGCCGGAUGCAGGUCUUUGACGUCGGCGGCGGCACCCGCGCUGUCAUUCUCAAGACUUGGCACGUCCACAAGCAGCCCGUCUGGGUCACGAAGUGGUCGCCCACCGAGCUGACGACGCUCAUGAGCGCCAGUGACGACAAGACCGUCCGGUUGUGGGAUCUGCCCUCCAACACCCCAAGCCGAAUGUUCACCGGCCACUCCGACUACGUGCGCAGUGGUGCUUUCAUGCCGGGCGGGAACAGCAAUCUGCUCGUGUCGGGCUCCUACGACGAGACAGUUCGCGUGUGGGAUGCCAGGGCGGCCGGUGGUGCCGUCAUGACCUUCAAGCACGCCGACCCCGUCGAGGAUGUCCUCCCACUAGCAUCAGGCACGACCCUACUGGCCGCCGCAGGCAGCACCAUCUCCGUGCUCGACCUCGUGGCUGCCAAACCUCUGCGCCUCAUCACCAACCACCAAAAGACCGUCACCUCGCUCUCCCUCGCCUCCAACGGCCGGCGCGUCGUCAGCGGCAGCCUCGACGGCCACGUCAAAGUCUUCGAGACCAACGACUGGAACGUCGUAGCCGGCUCCAAAUACCCCAGCCCCAUCCUCUCCCUCUCCGUCGUAACCGCCGGCGCCUCACAAGAAGACCGCCACCUCGCCGUAGGCAUGCAAUCCGGCGUGCUCUCCCUGCGCACCCGCCUCUCCGGCGCAGCGGCCGAAAAAGCCCGCGACCGCGCCGCCGUCGAAGCCGCGCGCGACAUCGGCACCGCCGCCCUCGAGCGCCUCGACGCGCAAAAGGCCAAGCGCAAACGCGCCGCCAUGACCACCAAAUCCAUGGACCUCCUCGGCGAAACCGUCGACGUCGUCAUCCCCACGCACGAAACCGGCGCACCGGGCGCUAGCAGCCGCAACCGCCGCGCCAAGCUCAAGCCGUGGCAGCGUAACCUGCAAAAGGGCCGGUACGCGGCCGCGCUCGACGACGUCAUUGACAUGAACGACGAACAAUACAACCCCGUCACGGCGCUGACGGUGCUUGUUGCGCUGCGCCACCGGUCUGGGCUGCGUGAGGCGCUUGAGGGCCGCGAUGAGGUGUCGGUGCUGCCGUUGUUGAAAUGGGCGAGCAAAUACAUCACUGACCCGCGGUACUUGAGUAUUUGUGUUGAUGUGUCGUUCCACUUGCUGGACUUGUACAGUGAGCAUGUAGGUGGGAGUGCUGAGCUGGCGGCGCAGUUCCAGGCGCUGCUGGGGAAGGUGUCGAAGGAGGUGGAGAAGGCGCAGAUGGCGAUUCAGACGAAUGGGAUGGUGGAGAGUUUGAUGUUAGGGGUGGUGUAA